CUUACCUAUAGAUUAAAUGAUUAUAAAUAAUCAAAAAAUAAAAAAUUAAAUAUCUACAUAAUAAUUUUGUGUAUUUUACUACUCGUAUUUUUAUACUUGCCACUCUAGUAUUUAUCUUUUCAAUAAGCUCGGUGAUUUCCGCGAUCGGAGUAUCGAGAUUCUCCGGUCGCCGGGAAACCGCUUUCAGCAGCUCGAUCUCUGUUGUUUAUAUCCAUAAAAACAAAGUUUACCUUUUUUUUCCUUUCUAUUUUACCAUUUCCGAUUGGAUUUGACUUGAAUCAAGCUCCAUCAGAGCAUCUCCCUUUCAUUUUUUGAGGGAAUUGUAUAAGCCAGUCCCGGAUUUUAGACUGCUCUGCUUGUGAAGACGAAUUUCACCCUGUUUAUAGCAAUUGAAUUGAACUUUUCGGAUAUUCAAAGCUGGAAGAGAUGGAAUCGCAGUUGGAUGAUUAGUGAUCUUCGUUAAUAGAUCCAUUUUUUUCUGAGAUCGCUUUUUUUUUUAUCUGUCUGUUGUUCGGAACUUCAGCCCUGGACGGAGCUUGCCGGAAAGUAAUGGUUCCGGCUGAAAGGACUACACAGGAUCAAAAUGGAGGGACCAACAUCCAUGGUUCAAUGGAUUUAGGGAUUACAGAGUCUAAGAGCAUCCGGCAGCUUGCCCAUUUGCAUGAGCAUGCUCUAAAGGUAAGAAAACCAUACACCAUCACUAAACAACGGGAAAGAUGGACAGAAGAAGAGCAUAACAAAUUUCUUGAAGCCUUGAAACUGUAUGGUAGGGCAUGGAGGCGCAUCGAAGAUCAUGUGGGCACAAAAACAGCAGUUCAGAUUAGAAGCCAUGCCCAGAAGUUUUUUUCCAAGGUUGCUCGUGAGACAGAGGGCAGUGAUGUCAUUUCCUCUAACCCGAUUGAAAUACCCCCUCCUCGUCCAAAAAGGAAGCCGUUGCACCCUUAUCCUCGCAAACAAGUAACUCCAGUCGCAGGCUCCACCCUAGAGAAACGGGAAACCCAAUCUCCUGCUUCUGUAUUAUCCCCACUUUCUUCAGAAGGAGAAGAGAUGACAAACUCAGGACUUAAUGGUAGUAGCCCACAUCCUGUUUCAUCAGUUCUGGGUGAGGAAUCGUCUUGUUUGGUUAUACCUUCUGAACAAUGCAAUUUGGCUGUAGAAGGGAGCAGAUCUUAUUCUUCACAUAUCCAUGUGGAUACUAAUCCUAGUCCGAAUGAGCAGCCUUUCGUGAGUCUAGAGCUGUUCCCUCAAGAAAACGGAUUCAUUGAUGACUCUUCGACUGAGGCAUCAUCUACACACUCUUUGAAGCUCUUUGGAAGGACAGUAUUAGUAACCGACUCUCAUAAGCCGUCUUCUCCUACUUCUGGCGCCUCUGUGGAACUGCUGCCAACUCAAGAAGUAGAAGAAGACAAGCUCACAUCACAAACACUUCCAUGGGGCUUCAUUCCGGUGAAACUUAUGCUGGGAACUUCAGAUUCCCUAUAUUACCCUUCCCUGCCGUGGGCACUCCCAUACACAGCCGUGUCUUUUUCCUCUAGUAGUGCCCAACAAGUGCAUGGUCCAAUCCCAAUCAAACCACAGCCAGUGUUUGAAAACAAAGACAGGGAAGAAGACCAAGAAAAGCACAUGGAAGUCUCCUCAUCUAGCAGCAGAUCAUUUGAGACUAGUAAGAUGAAACUCAGCGCAAGCUCCACCAGGAGAAAGAAUGGGUUUUUGCCUUACAAGAGAUGUUUAACGGAACGAGCUAACCACGGUCCCGGCGAGGAGAGAGAAGAACACCCAACCCGAUUAUGUUUAUAGGCCCAGUAUGGCGGAGGCAGGAUCGCGUUCUAGGGGGGCCCCACCAUGCUGAAAUUAUUGAAAAUGUCAGUGAGCGGUGCACAGUUGACAUAAGCAACGAGUGCUAAGGGGGUAAGACCUGACUUCGAUUCUUUUGCAAGUACCAGGUGCAUGCUCCUAACUCUCCCACCAAUUUGCGAUCUAAGUCUAAUUGAUCUCUUUUCAAUGACCAUACGACCGAAAUUAAAGAGUCGGGGGGGGGGGUUCGUCAUUUUUUUGAAAAAUGGAGGACACUUGUCAGAAUUGCCUCGGGGGACACAUGCCCUAGCAUCCCCCUGCCUGCCUCUGCCACUUUAUAGCUAACCGAAGAUUUUGUUGAUAAUGGUGUAAACUAUAGAGCACAAGCGUUUCUGGCUUCCUUCCAAUCGUCCUUUCCAGAACAUGUUUCUUGCCUGAAUAUUGAUUGAUGUCUUGUAAAGGGGCAAGUGAGUAACCUCACUCUUGUAGCUACCUAACAUCUUGUACCUUUUUUUUUCUUUUUGUUGUGUACAAUGGGGGAAGUUCAUACCAUUCAAUCUGUUAUGGGAAAGUCAUGAAUUUUUAGCCAAUGGCGGAAUAUAUAGAUUUUUAGUUG